AAGCCCGCGGUUUCCAAAAUGACGCUGGAGGAGUGCGAGUCAGUCGCAGGCCUAAUGUCAGUAACGACACCGAGGCCUGCUUUUUAACUAAGAGUAACCUUGUCUGGGAGGUCAUGGGGCUGCGCUCACUACCCGGAAACCUCGUCUAAGAAAGCUGCUGUUCAGGGGAAACGAGUCACAAAAGCAAGAGCUGAGCGGAGCGGAGUUGUUUGUUUGCAGUAGCCAUUAGCACAGGGGCUAGCAGGCAGGAAUCUCAGCGGAGGCUCCGUUGCCUUGUCAACUAAGCAACGGAGAGGCUGCCUCCUGACAACGAGGAGACACACAAGCCGCCGUUCUCGGGUUGAGGUGGGUGUGGAGAGAGGCUGCUGAUGAGCCGUCCACUAAAACCACUCCAGUGUGCUGACUUCUAUCCCAGAUGGUGAAACAAUAAUGUCGACUGAUGUUGGCUCACAGAUAAGCUCGGCUGAUAAGCGACGCAGCAUUUGCGCGCUGCCCGAGCCCUCCUGGGAUCAGCUGGGGGAUGAUUUAGACCUGAAUAAGUCCUUUCCGUGCUCUCGGAGACAGAGCAACAGGAAGAGUUUCCUCGGUUUGCACCAUCGUGAUUAUCCCGAUUUCAUAACAGGUGGGGCUUUGGAUGUCUGCGCCACAAUGUCAGCAAACAAAUCGUGCCUACUUCUUGGCUCCCAAGUUUCUGCCGACUCCUUGCCAAACCCUUCUCCUGAAUCUGAGGACAGCCUCAUCCAUCGGUUCAUUUCUGAGGACUUCGCCCUAUCUGGAGCCCCUUCCGCCAUCAACCCCAACAAAGUGGUCCUCACAGUCUCCUGUAAAACAACAGAGAUUUUAUCAGCAAACGAGCAGGCCUGCAAGCUGUUCGAGUGCUCCGCCGAGGAACUGGUGGGAAAGAAGUUGUCGUCCGUCUUAAAAAAAACGAAUCAGGUCCUGGAAGAAGCGCUGGAAGAAGAGUAUCAGCUUGCAGACGGAGCUGUUGCUGUUGUGUCUGGGAAAGUGGCGGAUGCGGUGACGUUAUCUGGAGAGGUACCGGUAUCGGUGUGCACUCACAGGCACUCGGAGCAUGAAGACCAGUGGCUUGUCAUGAUGGAACGUGUGGAGAGGAUCUCAUCCUUUGUGUCCUUUUACCAAGAUGGCUCUAUCCUAAGCUGUGACUCGGCUUUUGCUCAUCUCCAUGGAUAUCACCACCCUGAGGACUUGAAAGGGUUGUCUAUGAAGGCGCUAAUCCCAUCUUUACAAAUCCCCCUCUACAGUCAUGCCUUGCCAAAAAUGCUGAGGAUUCAGAGGGUUUGUGGGAAAAGCAGAGGGGGUGCACCCGUCCCACUCUGUGUGAAACUUCAGGGGGCGGCGCUGUGUGGAAAAGCCCAACACCGCAAUGACGACUUCUGCACCGUGACAAGAGACGGCUCCCGUCUCAUCUCUCCUGUGGGCAAACCUAGACUUUCAGAUCAUAGGAACCUCGAAGAAGCUGUCUCUAACGAGCCGUCAUCAGGCGAAGUGGACGGCGCCGUCCCCACACCAACACCAGAAUACUCUGGAACAGUCUGGGCGUUUGCUCCUUUGAGCGGCCUUCUCCUCCUUUGGCCGGAUGGUUCAAUCUUCAGCAUUCACAACCAUCUGGCCCUCCGUUUGUUUGGGUACAGCAAGGACGAGCUUCUGGGGAAGAGCGCUGCUUUUCUGAUGCCUGGCUUCUACGAAUGGAUGUCUGACUCGGACAGAAAGGCUGCCCCAGUUUCUGACUUCCACGUUGAGAUGGGCAAAAGCCCGGCCAUGUCCAAAAUAUCGGUAAAUUCUGAUCCGUCUUCCCUGGUGGCGGGAGACAUGGGUAUGGUGCAGCAGGCUAUCCUGAAAACGAGCUCCACAGGAAGAGGCAGGAUCUUCACUGGAACCGGCUCCGGGCUGGAGAAUCAGGCCAGCGCUCUGUCUGCGUUCUCUCUUCCUGCAGUCACCUCCACACAUCUGGCUAUGGCCAAUGAUACCACGGAGCUGACUGAGGAAGCGGCCCGGGCGGCUCCCCACAGCGGCCCGCUGGAUAGUGCAGAUAGCACCCAGGCUCUCCUCAAGACAUUCGCCUGGGUGGAAACUCCGGAUGCAGACGCCUGCUGCUCGGUUACCGCUGAACCGGCCACCCAGAACCGAGACCAGCGGCCGCUCAAUGUGAUUCAGGAAAAUAUCGCACCUGCUAUCAAGAUUACAGCAGACACUCCUGGUCAGCGAGGCAGGGCAGGUGGCGGCUGUAAUGAGGCGAGAACGGAUAAUCACUCAUGUGCCUCUGUGCACCAAGAGUCGAGCUUCGAGAUCAUCUCAAUGGAGAGCAGAUCGUCCUCCGGCUCCUGCGAGACGUUUGCUGGCCAGGGUGGUCCUGAUGCAGCUCGGGUAGACGAGUCGGGUUUAGUCCAUCUAGAGGACUCGGCCAGCUGCUUCGUGGACAUCGACAGCAAUGGCGACGCGGUGACCCGCGCUCUCGCAGAGCUGAACCUGAGCAAAAGCCUGGAGCUGCUCAGCAUGCGAGAGUACGCCAACGACUGCCAGCCCUCCGUCAUAUCCUGCGAUACAGCCGAGCUUCUACGGGCGACCCCUCUGGGCGCGGUGGAACCGGACCGGAAAGCAGAAACCGCGUGUGCUGCGGUGGAGGCUAAGGUUGGUGUGGGUGAGGAGCAGGAUCAGUGGGGAGCGCUCUCUUUGAUUCAUAAAGGAAAGGGCCAAGAGUGUGCGGUCCAAACGCCUGGUGAGAGACGGUCUGUUACAGACAUGCCGGCCACGUCAACACCUAAAAAACCGAAGGCGAAUAAACACGUCCCGACCUCAAACACAACACAGAUACUAGAGGGACAAUUUGAAGGGAGCGGCUACCACAGAGAUGGCACAAGAGUAGAUGUGCAGUGUGACGUUUGCAGGGUUACCCUCUCUGACGGAAGCUCGAUGGUCUGCGUGUGGAUACAGAGAUCAAACCAGCAGGGGGCGUUGUUACAAACAGAACCUUCCCUUCACAACCAGUCAGGGGUCAGUCCAGGAAAGAGGGCCGGCGAGGCCGGCCAAGGAGAAGCGCUGCGCUCCACUCUGGAUCUGGAGCAUUCUCGAGCUUGUGAUGGGCAGUUUGAAGAAGAAUACCAGCCAAUCAAAGCAGUGGGGAAAGGAGCGUUUGGUUUUGUCUGGAAGGCUAUAAGGCGCUGCGACGGGCGAGAAGUUGUUGUGAAGUUUAUUAGCAAAACAAGAAUAAUGAGUGACUGCUGGGUAGAUGACCCGUUGUUGGGAAGAGUGAGCCAGGAGAUUGCCAUAUUGACCAGAGUCCAACACCAUAACAUUGUCAAGGUGGCAGAGGUGUUUGAGAAUGGGAGUUAUUUCCAGAUGGUGAUGGAGAAACACGGAGAAGGAUUGGAUCUUUUUGAAUUCAUAGACAUGCAGCCAAGGCUGGAUGAGCCGCUGGCCAGCUACAUCUUCAGACAGAUUGUGGCAGCUGUGUUCUACCUGAGGACAAAGAACAUCAUUCACAGGGACAUAAAAGAUGAGAACAUCAUAAUAGACAAGUGCUUUCACAUCCGAUUGAUAGACUUCGGCUCUGCGGCCAUACUGGCUCCUGGGAAGCUGUUCCACAAUUUCUGUGGCACGCUGGAGUACUGUUCCCCAGAGGUGCUUCAGGGAAAUCCCUAUGAGGGUCCGGAGCUGGAGAUGUGGUCUCUGGGGGUCUUGCUCUACACCCUGCUGUUCAGUGAGAACCCGUUCUGUGAUGUGGGUGAAAUCCUCGAUGCCAAACUAAGGCCUCCGUUCCCCCUGUCUCCAGAGCUGCAUGGUGUUCUGCGAGGCCUGCUGCACUAUAACCCUAAAAAGAGGAUGACUUUAGACCAGCUGCUGUUGCAGUCGUGGAUCAGCCAGCCCAUUUCCCUGGCAGAAUACAGCUGGACUGAGGUGGUUUCUGCGUGUCAGAGCCCCUGUUUGUCACAGAAUCAGGAACCCAGUCCCACCGCUUGCGUCAGACCGAGUUUGUUCCAAGACUGUGGCGAUGAGACUCUGUCGGAGGAAGAUGAUGAUGAGAAUCAGUCAAUAAUAGCACUGGAAACGGAGCUCAAAAAGUACCUCUUUGGGGAUUGAACACGAAAUUUAAAGUGAUACAAGCAAAAAAAACAGUCGCUCUGACAUUUGGUAACUUGGAAGAUCUCAGUUACAAAACCGUAAUAGAGGAGCUUUUUAAGGCAAAAAUUAGUUUUUGUAUUGUAGAUCAAGUUUUGAAUGUACUUUUUUUUUUUUUUUAUCAGCUUGUCAGUUUUCCUCUAGUCAUAUAUUUUAUGAUCCACUACAGGGAAUUGGGAGAAGAUGUAAGCAGGAGGUCAAAUCUCCCUUUGGUGGCUCAUUUGAUUUGAUUAUUUUGAAGUUGUUUUACAAAAUACCUGUACCGUUGUAUUGAUAUAUUCCCAGUUUUCUAUUUUUUUUAAUUUAUUUAUUUUUUUGAACUGCAGCUUUUUUAUCCUGUGUUUUAAUCUUGAUGUUUAGAUAUUUUGAUUACAUGUAAAAACAUAGAACACUUUUAAUAUUUAUUUUUAUGCAUCAAUAAAUGUCUUCCCUCAAACGGCA